UUUUUUCUUUGUGUGAGCCUGCUAAUGUGGACUGGAGUGGGUGGAAACACUACCCAAGGCAGCGGGAAAAGGGUUCAUCUUCGCUGGUGAGAUCAUCCACCGCAUGCUGACAUCAACACGGUACAUCACCGCCCCAUGAUGGCUAAUUUUGAUCCCAGCCACUCCAAAGAAUCCACCGUGCAAUACAUGGAUAACGGAGAGAACCGAAAAAUAUCGAUCCUUCACGACCAUAUCGAUAUUUUCCCUCGAUCCACCCAUCGCCAGUCUCUGGUCGGGAGCGCGCAUUGAGAGACUGCGGGAGGAGGGAGGCGUCGUACGCGCGACCACCGUGUCUGCUGCCUGCCUUGCCUUGCCUGCCUGGUUAGUGUGGAUUGACAGCCAGCUGUGUGCGGCUACCACGACAACAACAGAAGCCUCUCCCCGGUGGACCCGCGUCGAGAACCACCGCUGCCGUUUUGCCGAAUCGUAUAUCGAACACCCAAACAGGAAGGGAAACGACGCCAAAAAAAACCCCCAAACGGUAGUGUCGUCGUCGGUGCUAGCUAGCUAACGACGAGCAUUCCUCCAACAUGAAUCCGCAUUGUAGCAGAUGUAACCGAAUCGUCUACCCCACGGAAAAAGUCAAUUGUCUGGAUAAGUACUGGCAUAAAGGAUGCUUCAACUGCGAGGUCUGCAAUAAGACUCUAACCAUGACCAACUACAAAGGCUUUGAGAAGAGACCAUACUGCAGUGUACACUACCCCAGGGCGGCCUUCACCCCUGUGGCCGACACUCCAGAGAACAUCCGUCUCAAACAGCAGACCAUGUUGCAAAGCCAGGUUCACUACAGGGAGGAGUUUGAAAAGCAAAAAGGGAAAAACUUCAGCGUGGUCACAGACACGCCAGAGCUGCAGAGACUUAAGAGAACACAGGACCAAAUCAGCAAUAUCAAGUACCACGAGGAGUUUGAGAAGAGCAAGAGUACGCAUCAUCCGCAAAGCAACCCCACUCCAGCUUCUCAGAACUACCACCAUGAUCCUACCCCUGAGCCCGUGCGCCAGGCAGCUGCUGCCCCACCUCCCAGCGCUGUGAAGCGGUACAGGGCGGUGUACGACUACGCCGCCGCCGACGAGGACGAGGUGUCCUUCAUGGAGGACGACGUGAUCGUGGACGUGCAGCUCAUCGACGAAGGCUGGAUGUACGGCCGCGUGGAGCGCACCGGCCAGCUGGGCAUGCUGCCCGCCAACUACGUGGAGGCCAUCUGAGAGCAGGAGAGAGAAGGAAAAGGAGGAAGAGAAAGGGAGGAGCAGAUGGAAAGGAUUUAAAACAAACAAACAAACAAAAAAAAAAGCCCAGUGCCAUCUCAUCUUAAAUGCCGCUUCUCUUGAUUUCACCUAAUCUGACCCCUUUUGAGAUCCCCCCCUCCCCCCCUCUUCCCCUCUCUCUCUGUUUCAGCUCGCUAACCUCAAGACUUCUUCUGUCCGUGCUGAUGUCUGUCUCUGUUUGGAUGUCUCCUUGUCCUCCUGUCUCGUCACGCAGCUCCAUCCGCGCCGUAGCACUUAAAAUUCCCGACGUUGUGCGAAAUACCAGGAAAAAAAUAAUGUUGAUUCACUUUAGCGUGUUUUUUUUUUUUCUUUCUUUCUUUGCCAGACUGGAAAAUGAAUUGAAUCUCCAACCUUAACGCUUGAACACUUGUACAUUCCUUUGACCUCCGUCCCACUGCGAGGUUUUUAAAAGAAGAAAUCUAUAUCUAUAUUUAUAGACCCAUCUAGCUGAUGUUACACCCGCUCCUGGUGCACAGUGUUGCAUUGUGGGUAACGUUGUUCAACUGGAAACCGGAACUCCUGCUGUCGUUUUUUUUGUCCUCGUGGACGCCUGACUUUGUUUGCUCAAAAUUGUCUUUUUUUUGUCACCUUUUGCCUACAAAGCUAACAUGUUCAGAAAAAAGAGGAGCCAAGCACAACGCUGUCCUUUUUAAUCUUUUUAACUGUGACAACAUUUCAACUUUUUUCUGUUCAUCGGAUGAACGACUUAUCCCCCCCCCCCCCCCCCCCCCGCCCCGCCCUGCCCCACUCCACCCUCCACACUUUACUUUCUUUGCUUUGUUGGGACUGUAUGAUGCUAAUUUUCAAAAGAAACAGACAAAAAUGGGUAUUAAAUGACUAAACCAGCAACUCAAUUAGUGUAGUCGGGAGUCGGACGACACUGACAGAGCGAGCCGUUUCACCUCGGCGACUUUAAAACGAAUAGCGUGUCAGCUAGCGUAGCGUGACGGCCGCCCACCGUUUCUCUGUAAAUAUUCUCGUUAUGACCGCAAUUGGCGGGGUGGUGGGGAAGGGAGGGUGGCGGCGGUGCACGGGGCUCUCACUCUGUAGCUAGGUGCCAUUUUGUACCAUGGUGUAUGUAUCAUAGGGGUCAACUGUGGAGGCCAUGACCUGUCCAGUCUGCGUGUUGGAGUUUUUUUUAACGGAUGUAUGAAAAUGUCAGGAAAUUGUGCGGUAGAUUUUUUGGGGGGGGGGAAUUUGGAUAUCGUUUGAGAGUGUACGGCCCUCCUGCUGCAGGCAAGCGUAGGAAUGUUCGGGUUGAGGUGGAAAUUUGGGAUGGCUUUUAUAGGCUAAAGCUUCUAACGCCUGUAGCUGUCCCGAUUUUACUGUCCAUCUUUGUAUAGCGAUCCUUGGUGAGGUGUGGAAGCGGCCAAAGAUGAGCAGUGUUAGGAUGACCUUGAGUGGAGGUGAGGUGCCGUGUGUCCAGCCUGGGGUAUUAGUCCGUCAGGGUUUCUUUUUUUUUUUUGCAUCAAACCUACCUACUGACAACGUAGCACCACUUCCUCAUCCGCUCUUUUGUCCUCAUCCUCUGCUGAGCUCGCUUUUCCCUUUCGGCCUUCAUCGUCCACCCCCCUCCCCAUGCUUUCUUACUCAUCAUUCCGUGCUUCUCGUCAUUCCGCUUUAUAUACUGUAGGAAUCAUGUUAUCCACAGGUGGAGCGUGCAGAUCAGUUUUGUGCAUUUCAUCUUGAUAUUUUUUUUUGAUAUAAUUAUGUUAUUGUUUUACAAAAUUGAAUAAAGAUAGCAUAUGCAUAUUGACACCCUAUCAAAACUAAAAAAAAAAAACCAUAAAAAGUACAUUCUCAGAUGUUAGGACCUGAGAUCAUCUCCUGUCACAGCACGUCAUCUGUAAUGAUGAUUCUGCAGAGUCAAUAAAAAAAUGUCAUUUUUCUCAA